CACAGAGCAGCUCUAAUGGAAACAGGCAGCAGAGUGAUGGUGCAGGUGUUGUUGUUGGCGUUGGUGGGUCAGGUCACUCUGUCCCAGCACUGGUCCUAUGGAUGGCUACCAGGUGGAAAGAGAAGUGUGGGAGAGCUGGAGGCAACAAUCAGGAUGAUGGGCACUGGAGAAGGGCUGUCUCUUCCUGAAGAGGCGAGUGCCCAAACCCAAGAGAGACUCCGACCAUACAGUGUAAUUGAUGGCGAUUCCAGACAGUUCGACCGAAAGAAAAGGCUCCCCAACAAUUAAAGAGCGACGACGACGACAACACAAACGAGUUCACGGACGAGAGAAAAGAAAGUGGAAUUGAAUCCUCCACAACAGCGCCCACGGGAGACCGAAAACUUCAACAAAUAUCACAUUUACUACAAAAUAUUGUGUCUGUAACACUUAAAUAUGAAUCUGCGUACAACUGUAAUAAAGUUUUUCCUGAAAGGUGAUGCAA